AUGGAUGACUUCAGACAAUACUUCAAACCAGGCCGUGAUAUAUCUGUAGAUGAGGCCAUGAUUUGGUUUUUAUUCCCUGGAGCUGAUCGUGGCUACUGGACUGAGGAUAAGUCUGUUAGCCCCACUGUUGCUGCACUCUCCGAGUUGCUGUUGUCGGCACCCGCCUGUUCAACAUGUGGUGAAUUCAACACUGGUUCAACAAGUGGUUCUACACAAGUGGUUCAACAAACUAAGUUCCGUACAGCGCAGCGGUCUGAGCGGAGUGUGCACGGGAUGUUCCGAGAGCGGAGGACUCUCUUCAUGCCUCCUCCCGGAUUGUGCUGUGAGGACGAGAUCCAAGUGGACCCUAGGACUUUGCCUCCGUGGCCGGUCUCCGUGUCGCUGGCCGUGGUUGGGCUGCUGGUGCUGGCCUGCGUGCCCCUAGUCUCCGGACAGAGGGAGUUCAGGGUGACAGAGAACACCUCACCCUACAAGGGCUACAGCGGGAUCCAACCUCGCCCUGAUGCGGAAAGGCUCAUCUACUACCAUGAGCAGACCAUCGCCGUCGUCGAGGUCGGCCCCAAAAGGGAGCUCUUCAACUGUGAACUCAUCGAAGUAUACAGACCGGGGGAGCUGAAGACGGCUCUUCGCAACAUGUCAGAGUUCGCCAAGCCGUACCGUCUGGAAUUCGACGAGAUGAUCAACCUGAUGUCUCUCUGUGGCAAACUGUCGCCACCGCUCCUCGACAAUGAGUUGCCAACCAACCACAGUCCGGGGAGCAGGGCACUGGCCACUGUGAACCCCGUCACUUUACUCAGCGGCAUCCUCCCAGGAACUAAAUGUUGUGGGGCUAGAGAUCUAGCCGACAACUACUUCGACCUGGGAGUGGAAGCCAUGCUAGACAAGUGCUGCAGAACCCAUGACCUCUGUCCUGUAAAGGUGCGGGCCUACACAUCACGGUACAAUCUCACAAACAACUCAUUGUAUACCAAGUCCCACUGCACUUGGGAUGCCAUUCUCCUGCAGUGUCUCAAGGACGGUCAACACUCGACGGCCGAUAUCAUGAGGAACAUCCACUUCAACCUGCUCAAGGUGCCUUGUGUACGACAGGGCAAGGACAGGACUACCUUCCAUCCAGCAGAGCGGCACUACAACCCCAUCAUCCGGGGAUAG